UUUAGGGCGCGGGAGGCUCGCCUAGGGCGUGCUACGCGUCCUAGGAAGCGUCUCAGUGGCUUUUCAGGCCGCUAUACCCUCACUUGCGUGCCCGGCGCGUGCAGAAUCGCCUUCGUGGCGGUAUUGCGCGCCGCUGGUGAUGCCUAUCGCGCUACUGAGCCUCACGCUCAGUGUGCCUCAUCUGAGCGCGGCCGCGAACGGCUAGGCCGACCGCGCGGGACUGCUGUCAGCAGCGGGGUUCGCCCCCUUGACGCGCUAGCCCGCUGCGCAGUGCGCCCUCCUUUAACGGAGAGGGCCCGCUGGGUCCCCCAUCACCCCCUCCUUUUGCAUCUGCGCUUCGCGAAGGCGCAGGAACAGCGCAAAUGCCCAGCCCUCCCUCCCCUCUCCCCCUCGCCUGCUACGUGCCGCCGCGGACGCGUCAAUCGACGCGAAUGGGCGCCCGUAGCUCGGGGGCCUCCCCCUUACCCUCCCCCAUCAUCCCGACGCGCUUCCGCACUGUACACGAGCAGCAGGAGCACGUCGAUUGCAGGCAAAAAUUUUCGCCCGCGCUUUUUUCGCGUUUUUUCUCGUUUUUCCCCUCCCUCCCCUUCUUCUCAUACAUAUACAUACAUAAUAUAG